GCGGUGCAUCAGUUUCACGUUCGUAUAUUUGUCUUUAAUGAUCUUAAUUUUGUUACAUCAUAAAGCAGGAGAAUCCAGUGUUUGUCUAAAAAUGGAGAGGAUUUACUAAUCUGUUAAUUAGAUUACUGUUUUGCCUUAAGUGUCUCCUGUGUCAUUAUGCAAACCAACCAGUCACUUCAGUGACACUUGUAUAGACGCCUACACUCUUCAUUUUAGUCCUUUUUCAUGCUACUUUAUGCAGUACUGAAUUGAGAGCUGACUUAAAAUUUGGUAAUAAGUGCUGCCAAGGAUGGCCAUUCUGUCACUAACUUUAGUUACCUUUUUCUGCUGGAUAAGUCUUAGUAAUGUAAGUGGGGAUGAGAAGAUUCACUCGGACAACAUCACACGUAUUUUGGAUCAACUUUUGAAUGGUUAUGACAACAGACUGCGACCUGGAUCUGGAGGUGGUAUUACAGAGGUGAAAACAGACAUCUUUGUCACCAGCUUUGGGCCUGUUUCUGAUGUUGAGAUGGAGUACACCAUGGACAUGUUCUUCCGUCAGAUGUGGGUUGAUGAGCGGCUGAAAUUUGAGGGCCCUACUGAAAUCCUGCGACUGAACAACCGUAUGGUGGACAAGAUCUGGACACCAGACACAUUCUUCAGAAACUCCAAGAAGUCUAUAUCCCACAACAUGACCACACCCAACAAGCUCUUCCGUAUCAUGCAGAAUGGGACCGUCCUCUACACCAUGAGACUGACAAUCAGUGCAGAGUGUCCAAUGAACCUGAUGGACUUCCCCAUGGACAGCCACUCCUGCCCUCUCAGGUUUGGAAGCUAUGCCUACACAAGCAGUGAAAUUAAGUUCACCUGGAGGAAGGGACCAAAAGCUUCUGUCGAGUGCCCCAAAGAGUCCAUGAGCCUUCUUCAGUAUGAUCUAGUGGGACAGACUCUAUCCAGUGAGAUUUUCAAAUCAAACACAGGUCAGUACUCUGUGCAGGUGGUCCAUUUCCACCUCCAGAGGAAGAUUGGUUACUAUCUCAUACAGACCUACAUCCCUCUUAUAAUGAUUGUUGUGCUGUCACAAGUCUCUUUUUGGAUCAACAAAGAGUCUGUUCCUGCUCGCACGGUUGCUGGCAUCACCACUGUGCUGACCAUGACCACAUUAAGCAUCAGCGCUCGCCAGUCACUUCCCAAAGUAGCCUAUGCAACUGCCAUGGAUUGGUUCAUCGCUGUGUGUUUUGCCUUUGUGGCAUCGGCUCUUGUUGAGUUUGCAGCAGUAAACUACUUUUCCACUCGCCAGGCCAACCAUCUGAAGAAGCAAGAAGCCAGACAAGACAAGCUCGAGGCAACUGACAGCGAUGAGGAGGACACAGCUUCGCUGGACAGCAGCCCUCAGGAAAGCCUAAAGAGGAGAAGCCACUCAGUGUGUCGCAGUGAUCCAGGAGAUGUUCCGCCACUGCUGAUUUUCCUCCAGCAGGGCUCAGCCUUUCCUCAGAUCCUGCAGCUGGCCGGCACCAGCCUCAUCGACAUGUAUGCCCGCGUCCUCUUCCCCCUUGGCUUUGCCCUAUUCAACCUAGUGUACUGGUACAUUUACCUGGCCAAGGACACCUUAGAGAGUGUCAGGGACAUGGAUCUUCAAAACUAAGAGGACCUGGAAAAGGGCAUGUGUCAGCAUCCAGCCAACCUCACCUCACCCCCUGUCUCUCGCUCUUUCUCUCUCUGUGAACCCUCUCUUAGUAUUUAAUCUGCCUUCAUCUGACAGAGGAAAUGAAUCAGAAACUCAUUUAUUCUCCUGCCGCACAUCUAUUCAUUUCACAGGCUGUGACCACUGCCCACUUGUGUUCUGAUCAGGAGCUGAAUCGCUGCCCUUCACAGGCCUCAGUCACUUUAAGCCCACCUUGUACGCAGAACAACUUCUCGGACCCUGGACAAACAGCACACACGUGAUGCUCACGCACACAACCUAAGAAACACAUUCAAAAAGAAGUGUGUGAUAUAAUCUAUGAUGGCUGUAACUGGUGGUGAUGCAACAGUGAACCAAUGCUUUCAGAAGCCUGCCCUCUACAGAAGCACAGCUCCCACUACAACAAGAUCAAAGGCAGUUUAGGGGAGGCUCGCAUCCCUGUUUGUGGCUUCAAAUCUGUGCUCAAACCUGGGAAAAUGAAUUGUGGGAUUGUGUUUUCUCAUCCACUGUUCUGCUCCGCUGCUCCCCUUGCACCUUCUGAUUUACUGCAGGUCCUCUGGAAACACUGCAGGGAAGACUGAGGUGUGAUGCCCCCUGGGGUGUUGGUGACAUUAAAUGUCUGUUUUUGGAGAGAUAGUGCAUGAUUGUCGGGCACAGAUGUGGCUCUAUGAAGUUUCACUUUGUAAUGAAUGAAGUGCUUUUUCUCUUUGUAGCCACUGAAAAGGUGUAGUAAUUUAAAAAAAUGAGGGAAUAAACUUAGUCUUUACUUGGCAAUCUGACCAUUUUAACUCUACAGCGCAUUCAGUUGUUUGACCUUGUCAACAUGUAGACAGACUUAUCCGCAAUGUAACACAUAUAGUAUAAAGAAUAAAACAAGCCUAAAACUAAUAUUGAUGUUGUUCUUUUCACUUGUGGCAUAAAUACC